AUGAUAUCGCCAUGUUGUGGUAAAAGGGAUAAGAGCAUCGCUGCAGUCCCGAUCAAGAGAGCGGAUAUCUCGACGCGCCAUGAGACGGUCGAUUACUCAAUAACAUCAUCAUCGUCUGCAUGGAUGAGUCUCAGCUCGGAAGGGUCCGGUCUUGGCACUCGAAGAGAGUUGAGUCAGAUGAGUAGUGUGAUCGAGAUUGAUAAGGACUCUCUAGAAGGGGCACAGGGACAGGAGUCUGUGUUGGACAGGAGGAACUUGGAUAAUGGGAUGAGGGCUGAUGAUGAUGAGGAUGAGUUCAACAUAAGGAUUCACCGGACACGUAGUUCGUUCAGCGAGGGGAAGUUGGGCCUGAGGAUGUCUUCACAUGAGGGCGGCUCUCACUUGAUCGUUGAUGGCAUCAAUAAUGAUGGGAGCAUCGCGGAAUGGAACAAGAGCUGCCCCGAGCUGGCCCUUAGGAAGGGCGACAUGAUCGUUGGGAUCAAUGAGGCUCGAGGGAACUCAUCUCGGAUGCUCAGGGAGUGCUCGGCUGGCCAUGGCGCCCUCCGACUGACCAUAAGGCGUCGUCGUACAGUGGAGGCGCCGCCUAGUGUUAGCGAGUACGGCGGUGGUGAACUGAGUAUGGAGACUUCGGUGGUUGAAGCAUCACCGCCCUUAGGGCCUCUGCCAGGGGUCUCACCUCGAGGGAAGAAGAUGUGGAUCGUAACGAUUGAAAAAUCAGGUGGGCGGCGGCCUCCCUGGAGGGACGAUGAGUGGCAAGCAGGUGGUCGAUUGGGGAUUGACGUGGACCAUAACGAUCCCGGCUACCUGCUGGUGGAGGGUGUCACUGGAGGUGUGGUGGGAGCCUUCAAUGGAGAGCACCCAGGAGAGGCCCUUCGACCUGGCGAUCACAUUGUGGAGCAACUUCGUAUGGCCGACAUAAUGGAUGACGAUGAUGAGAUGCUCAAUGAUUUUAUAGAAUCCAUCAGAAGGGCUGGGAGGCGUGCUUCGAAUGAUGUGCCUGUGGAUCUCCUGUACGAAGGCUCAGCGUUGAAAGGGAGGUUCCGUCUGGAGAUGCCAAGUGCGGACGAUUUCAAACUAACAUUCGCUCUAGAUGGAUCCAGAAGCGACGCAACUGAGUUUGUGUUUAUGCAGGAACUCAUCACGACAGUGGCAGUCGGUCUCGGCAGAACGCCCUCUUGGGACGGCUUUCUUCCUUCUGAUGACGCCAAGGUGGACUCAAACGGUGUAGUCCUCGUAGCGUUCGCUACUGCAGCCAACGUGAAGGAAAUGACUACGAAGUUUGCUGAGGUGAGCCAGACCGAUGGCAUUCUCUGUGACCCCUUCCAAGGUGCUGAGGCGGUGCCUCACGUGUAA